AGAGAGAGAGAGAGAGAGAGCUGCUUCAACUGCAGAGAAAAUGGAUUCAGGGGAGAAGCGGCUCAACGAGCUCGGCUACAAGCAGGAGCUCAGAAGAGAGAUGACUCUGUUCAAGAGCCUUGCAAUAACGUUCUCGACGGUGACUAUGUUCGCCGGAAUACCUCUCUACGGGCCGAGCUUACUAUAUGCAGGCCCAGCUAGCUUAGUCUGGGGAUGGGUUGUCGUCUCCUUCUUCACCUGGUUCGUCGGAAUCGCCAUGGCUGAGAUCUGCUCUUCUUUUCCG